CCACUCUACACCACUCUACACCACUCUACACCACUCUACACUACUCUACACUACUCUACACCCUCCACUUCAAUUCAACCAACACAUCCAUCAAAAUGGCUCUCUUCGGCUCCAGCUCCAGCGCCCCCAGCAACAACCCCCAAGAGGUUAAAAACACCAUCAAGCUGCAACUGCAGCAAGAGGCCGCCAUGGCCAACGCCCGGAGUCUGAUCGGAAAAAUCAACGAACACUGCUACGACGCCUGCAUCCCCACCCCGGGCUCCUCCGUCUCCCCGAAAGAAGAAACCUGCCUGUCGCAAUGCAUGGAAAAGUACAUCGCCACGUGGAACGCCGUCAGCAAGGCCUACAUCGGCCGCGUCGCGCACGAGAGCAAGCGUCUGGGUGGGCAGGAGAACACCAUCGCCAUGAACUCCCUGGCUGUGGCGCCGAAUGACCAGUAGACCCUUUCUUCUUUCUUUCUUUGAUUGGGUUCUUUUUGCUGUUGUAUUUGUGUCUGUGGCUGUGUCUGUGUUGAAGAUGGAUGGUGUUUUUGUUUGGGAAUAGAUUCUGUCAUGAAUUUUGUUAUGUUUUUUUUUUUUUAUAUGUUGAGGUAUAAUUCUGCCCGGUUGGUGGAUGUGGCAGAGUGGUGAUGUACGAUAUGGUGGAUCUUCGUUCUACGUUUCUCAAAACUGAGUGAUGCAUCUAAGAUCGCUUUUAUUCAAUUGAGAUCAAAACAAAGCCUAUGUACAUUAUACAGGUAACG